UGUUAUGGCGUAUUGCUUUUCUUUUAGGUCUCUAAAAGGUUUUUUCCUGAGUUGGCUGUUGGAUUUGAGGACCCUCGUGUCCACCUUUAUAUUGCUGAUGGUAUGCUUAAAAUAGUGUCAUCGGUUCCUUUCCGUUUUAAUUGGUUUCUUUUGAAUUGGUGAGUAUAAGGCUAUAUGCCUCUAGUUGAUCCUACUCAUCUUCUUCAAGAUAUGAUCUCUACUUGCCGUCAAACAUUCAAGGGUUCUGUUCAUUAUGCCUGGGCUAGCGUACUUCCAACAUAUCCAAGGAUUUCUUAUAUGCUCAACUGAUGGGCUACCUGUUGAUUUUAUAAAUCCCAUCAAUCCUAUUGAGAAGUUAGAAGGAGCUCUCAAGCAUAAAAGAGAACUAAGGUUCUACAACUCAGAGAUGCAUUCAGCUGCAUUUGCCUUGCCAUCCUUUCUGAAAAGGGAGGUGACCUUUCUUCGUGAUUCUCCAAUCUCGGGACAACCAAUCUGCAUUUCCUAGUAGAUUUUCAGAGAUAUAGAAUCAGUCCAACGGUGAAAGUAGAGACUGGGUGAUUAUUGCAUUCCAUGACACGAGUUGAAGGUAUUUGUGAGGCCUUUAUAUUCUAUAGCAUGAAAUAUCAUUGCUUUCAACAAUCAAUUUGUGGAUGGUAACUUUUAUCAUAUCAUGGAUUUUGGCAUUAUCAUCUUCAAGUUCUAGGAGUGUAGUAUUUCUUUGUUCAUUCAAUGGAGUGGUAAACCUGCUAUCAACAGCGACAUGCAAGUUAUCCUAUAACCGUGUAAAAUGCAUGAAAACUAAUAUCAAUAACAGGCUUGGCUGAAA